AUGGCAACCAAACCGCUGAGUACAGCUCCGCAGCUGACGAGCUCUUUCACGCCUCCACCGAGUAAGUUCCAGGGUGUGAUCAGCCCGGAUCCCGCUUCUGAGUUCCCUGCCGAGAAAGAUCGAUACGUAAGUCAACGGAUCAGCCUAUUGUUCUCGUAUACUGACAAACUUGAGGCCUUGUAUCUUCAUCUCGGCUGCCCUUGGGCUCAUCGAACCAAUAUCGUCUACCAGCUCAAACGCCUCCAACCCAUCGUCGCGCUGAGCGUCGUCUCCAUUCACCGCGAUGGCGUUGAUGGCUGGAAUUACGAUGGCACGAGCAAGUCGGACCUGGUGGAUCCUGUCGAAGGCUUCAAGAAUUUCAAGGCGUUGUACGAGAAGGCAGACCCUGAAUACCAAGGUGGCUAUACUGUACCGCUGAUCUGGGACCGUAAGAAGAAGACUAUUGUGAAUAAUGAUAGUGUGGGUAUUAUCCGGAUCCUUGCCACUGCAUUUGAUGCUUUCUUGGCGCCGGAGAUUAGGGAAGAUAAUAAGCCAGGCGGAGGCUUGCGCCCAGACAGCUUGGCGAAGGAGAUCGACGAACUUGGUGACAGGCUCGAAAUCGGGUACAAUUGGGGAACUUAUCUGUGUGGUAUGGCAAAGUCGCAAGCCGAUUACGAUGAUGCUAUGAGCCGUUUGUUCAGGUUGUUGGAUGAGCUCGAGAAGCGUUUGAGUAGUAGAAAGUACCUGUUCGGAGAUCAUCUCACUGAGACAGACAUUAGGGCUUUCACAACAUCCGUACGUUUUGACAUGGCUUACUACACACUAUUCAUGUGCAACUAUAAGAUGAUCCGCUACGAUUAUCCAAACUUGCAUCGAUGGCUACGCCAGAUCUACUACGAGGUUGAUGAGGAGACGAAAGACGCGUUCAAGAGCACGACUCACUUUGAAAUCUUCAUGGAAGGAUACGCCCUCUCAGCAAAGAGAAUGACGCUCGUUCCUUGGGGACCAGCCGUUCCGAUGAUGCCGUUAGAUGCGUAG